GGGGGGGCCUCUGGAGGGAUGUGAGAGCCCUCUGUGUCCCUUCGUGCGCGCUCACUGCCACCCUCGCGCGCUGCGUCCCUGCGUCCCGGCGGAGGCUCCCCUCGGCCUCUCCGGCCGGGCCCCACGUUAUGUCGUGAUCCCGGGCGGGCGGCGCUGCUGCUGCUGCUCAUGGGGCUGCUCAGGAUUAUGCUGCCGCCCAAGUUGCAGCUGCUGGCGGUGCUGACGUUCGGGGUGGCCGUGCUCUUCCUGGAGAACCAGAUCCAGAAGCUGGAGGAGUCCCGCGGCAAGCUCGAAAGAGCUAUUGCAAGACAUGAAGUCAGAGAAAUAGAACAACGUCAUACAAUAGAUAGUCCUCGACAAGAUGCAACUCUGGAUGAAGAUGAUGAUGUGGUGAUCAUUUACAACAGAGUACCUAAAACUGCAAGCACAUCCUUCACAAAUAUUGCCUAUGACCUUUGUGCAAAGAACAAAUAUCAUGUUCUGCAUAUCAAUACAACCAAAAAUAAUCCUGUUAUGUCACUGCAAGAUCAGGUGCGAUUUGUGAAGAAUGUAACUUCCUGGAAGGAAAUGAAACCAGGAUUUUAUCAUGGACAUAUAUCUUACUUGGAUUUUGCAAAAUUUGGUGUUAAAAAGAAACCAAUUUACAUUAAUGUCAUAAGAGAUCCUAUAGAACGACUAGUUUCUUAUUAUUACUUUUUGCGGUUUGGUGAUGAUUACAGACCAGGGCUACGAAGGCGAAAACAGGGGGAUAAAAAGACCUUUGAUGAAUGUGUAGCAGCUGGAGGAUCAGACUGUGCUCCAGAGAAACUUUGGCUUCAAAUUCCAUUCUUCUGUGGCCACAGCUCAGAAUGCUGGAAUGUGGGGAGCAGAUGGGCUUUGGAACAAGCCAAGUACAACCUGAUUAAUGAAUACUUCCUAGUGGGAGUCACUGAAGAGCUUGAAGACUUUAUUAUGUUAUUGGAGGCAACUUUGCCCCGAUUCUUUAGGGGUGCUACAGAACUGUACCGGACAGGAAAAAAGUCUCAUCUUAGGAAAACAACAGAGAAAAAGCUCCCAACAAAAGAAACCAUUGCCAAGCUGCAGCAGUCGGAAAUUUGGAAAAUGGAGAAUGAGUUCUAUGAAUUUGCACUGGAGCAAUUUCAGUUUGUCAGAGCACAUGCAGUUCGGGAAAAAGAUGGAGAAUUGUAUAUUCUGGCUCAAAACUUUUUCUAUGAAAAGAUAUACCCUAAGUCGAACUAAGAACAUGGUAUACUGUUAGAUCAAUGGACUAAACCUUUGGUCACUUUGUCAUCUUAGUUCUCAGCCCUGGAAAAUAGUUUGCUGGUAGACCUCUGAGGCAUUUCUCUCUAGAGCUGAGGAAAGUGGGCUGUGGAUCACACCAAAGGUGUUGGAUACUUGACUUAAGCUUCAGUUCUUUUAUCUAACUAAUAGUUUCAGUGGGAAUUAUUACCCUUUCCCUGAAGAAACAUACAUUUUCCUUUACAGAUAUUAACUGCACAGAGGUUCUGGUUGAAAAUACAAACAAAAAAUGCUUCUGUUUAUGCUGUUGAUUCUCAGAGCAAUUUAUUUUCAUUUAAACUUCUGUAAACAAGAAAUCAUUUGUUUUCCCAGCUUCUACAUGGAGAUUUUGGUUGUAUACAAUUAUGAAUAGUGUUAAUAACUGGUUGACAUCUGUGCUUUGUUUUUGUGAGUCACGUUACAUGAUAUUCAUUGGAAUGAUCAAUCGUGUUCUGCUAAGAAAUGCUGCUGCUGGAUUUGCCCAUAUAUAUAAAUGUGGUUUUAUUAAAAAGAAAAGUUAUAACUAAUCAUUAGUAUUUUAAAAUAAUAAUUUCCAUAUUAAUAUUGUAAAAAGAGAAUCAAGGCAGUAUUUCCUUUUUCCUCCCUCACUCCAACUGCCACUGAACUUGGGAAAAUUCUGCAAGGAAGCUUGGCAUUGCCUGCAGUUCUAGUUAAUGCUAUUAAAAAACCCUAGUCAAUUCAAUAUCAAGUUGCUCCAUGGAUUCUUUGUAAUGACUGUAAACUGAGAUAUUGGUGAAUCCAUAUUAUGACUCCAUUAGUGAGCUGUGGUAUGGUUUGGGUUUUCCUACUUCUUCUAUACUUUUACCUGUAGAAUAUUUUUACUAUGGUGCUUUAUAAUGUGUUUUAAAGCAUUGCAUUUACAAAAGGAGUUAAAAUGCUGUAAAUACUGCAUAUUUUAUGUAUUUGGACCAAAAGGUUACAAGUAAUUAGCUGAAAGUGGUUUUUGCACCAGUUUUGUUACAUGUGAAGUAAAAACCAUCUCAUCUGAUGUUCGGCUUCCUAUUUUAGUUAACUGUUGGACAUCACUGAAAUGCACUUCAAUGACCUCUACAACUUUACUAACAAAAUCAAAUGUUUGGUUGAGACACGCUGAACUUGGCAUAAAUGCGUUUAUGUAACCGCCUUACAUCACUAUUGUAAACUUGUAUGAUUUGCUGUUAUUAGCAGCUUGAAACACCUGGUAGAUUAAGUGUAGUUGAGAUUAGUGAACAGACGUUUGGGUACUGGGGACACUGUGUUUUAACAAACUGCAGUGAAUACCUACAUGUAACUUUUAUAAAAAUCACAGUAAUUACCCCUUUUUUCACCUUCAGUUUAUAGAAAUUAGUUUCCUUGGGUUUGAUUGGGGUGGGGGGAAGGAGAUAAUGUGACAUGUAUUUGAAUCCCUAAGGAUAGUGCUUAAAACAAUAGUAUAAAGUUAUUAAGAUGGAGUUUCUUUAAUGCAUUUGUUUUUUGUAAUAUGAAAAUGAUUGGGAGUUGAAAAUCAUGUGUACAUUGGAUGUUUGCUGCCAAAAACACAACGAUCCAAUUUUGAAAAGAUUAAUGGAUACACUAUCCAGUACUAGUUUUAAAUUUCCUUUACUAUCCUUUGGACCUUCUUCUUCUGAGAUUUAAAAAAAAAAAAAAAAACUUUUCUCUAAUAGCUGUUCUCCUCAAUUAGGUACUGGUGGAUCUUUGUUUCUGAUAACUGAUUUAUGUAGCAUGCACCAGACAGGAUUUUGCUUGAUUCCUUUCCUGUGUAUCAGUGUCAUUAAUGAUGCCAACACAUCACUGAGGAACAGGAUUUGCUACUUGAUUUAUGUUUCUUCUACUAGCUGGUUGUCUAGCUGGACAAGAAGUACUGGAGAGUCAUCAUAGAGUGGCUGUUGCAGUUCUGAAAUUUUCUGUUUAGACUGGUAAAUUUUGGAAAUACAGUAGAUAUUUAUCAUUUUUAAAAAAUGAACAUUUUUACAGCAGAUCACAUUUUGUCCCCCAUAUAAUUUGGUUUUAUUUGCUUAAAGCACCUUAUUUUCUUGAUCCUUUGUAAAAUUUUCAGAAUAUCUCUGAACAAAGAUACAAAGUGAAAACACAGCACCCAAGUAGCUAACGAAAUAGGGCAUUUAAACAUACAAACAAAUGCCUUAGUUUGAGAAGAAAACUAUGGGUGAAAUCCUGGCCCUGCUGAAAUCAAUGGAAGUUUUGCCAGGAUAUAAUUGUAUAAAUAUAGUUUUUGAACUUCUGCUCCUCUUCCACCAAUAGGCAUCUUAAAAAUAGAGCAGGCAUUGUCUGCUCCAUUUUAAAGGAGACAUUUAUUUUUCAUAGUUCACAUCAUGGAAAAAAUCUUUUAUUUCCUCACAUAAUAAAACUCCUGUCCUCUGCUUGUUGUGAAUUGAUAAAAUUGAGAGUGGUGCUACAGAAAUAUGCAUCUGUUUAGAAACUUACUAAUUUAAAAAAAUUAAACAUAUUACAUGUUGGGGUGGAGGAGGAAUCACAAUUGUGGCUCCUUUUAUGUCAUAUGAAAUAAUUCAUUCAGAGUAUUUUAAAAUCCCUUUGAUCUCAAACAGUCAAACUUCUGCUUCUUAAAGGGAUAAUCAACUUUACACAUUUUUAAUAACCUACUCUAUUCUUGUUUUCUGUAAUUCUCCAAAUCACUGGUUAUUAAAAGUAAUUUACAGUGUAUGUGACAAUUUGUCUCAAUACUUUUCCCCUAAUGAGUCCAGUGAAAUUUAGUGACUUGCAGAUGGUGUGAUCAUUGGACUUGAUUAUGUAGCCUUUUGCAUGCACAUCUCACACUGAAGUCAAUGAGGGCUGUAUGCAAAGGUAGCAGGAAGAGAUUUGCUUUAUGGGAGCAAUUUGGGGUGAAAUUCUGGCCCUUUAAAGUCAAUGGGAGCUCUGCCAUUGACUUUAAUGUUGCCAGGAUUUCACCCUUUGUGUUCAUGCACAAUAUUUAAAAUAUUUUAGGAAAUGGAAGCCCCAAAAUCAAUGCUGUGUACAGUGCGUGCAUUUAUGUUCAAAUAUUCUGUUUAUUAUACACAUCAUGAAUUCCUCUGAGAUGAUUUAAAACAGGAAUCACAGUUUAUACUUUUAGAAUAUAGCAAAGGAGAAGCAGUCCAUCUGGGAGUUUGGAAUGCUUUUUUUAGAUGUUUCACAUUUCUUAAGAUGUUCAGCUGCUGCGUUCCAGUAGUAUACAUUUGCCUACUCUAACCUUACAUUAGUGCUGUUUAUGUCAAGGGAGGUCCAAUUGCUUUUACAUUUUUGCUUCAAUUUCACUGGUAUUGAAAAGGUAUGUAUAAAAAGAGAUGUUUGUGAUGCUGUCUAAACUAUGCUGCUUAGGCAGCCAGGUGAAGAACCUGUUUCAAAGUGCACUGCCAGUUUAGCUGUUUAAAAGUGGAGCUUAUUUUAAGACUACUGGAGAUAAGACUUGCAGAAAUUGUAAUGGGUGAUGAGUUGUUGGGAUAUAUUCUGUACUUUAAGCCCAUGCAGCUAUGUAACCCUUCCAGCGCUAUUUAUAAAUUGAGCCCUCUUUGUGAAGACUUUGAUAGCACAUAUGGUAAUUAUAAAUGUGUUUAGACAUUUGUACUGUCUAAUACUAGAUCAGAAAUUUUCUGUAGCUUCUGUAUCGAGAGUCAGGUUUGUGAGCAUCUGUAAAGCAGUACUGAAUGUAACUUUGAGAAACAUGGAUUGUGCCUCAUGACUUUUACUUUUUAACUACACACACAGCUAAAUAGUGCCUUUUUUCCUCACAAUCCUUGUUGAUGAUGCUCACUCCUGCUCUUUUUCCUCUCUCUCCAUAUAUUGAUUCAUUUGUGCAAUAUUAUCCCAAAGUGAAACCAUUUUGUCACAUUUGUUUGAGAUAAUUACUUAAUUUUCCUCACUAUCAUGCCAGCUUCUGUUGUUGGUGUUGAUUACUGAUGCAAAUGCUAUAAAAUAAAACACCCAGUGGGAAGGGGAAAAAAAGUCCUGUGUCCUGUCUUAAUAUUUUUCAUGUACCAUUUGCGCUGAUAUUUUUCUAGCAGGCAUCAAUAUACAUAAUAAUGAACUUCACUUGCAGCCAUUGUUGCUGGAGCAGUUUCCAUUGUGGUUGAUCUAUAAUAGUUUUUAUAACUUGUUCGUGGGAUUAUUUUAUUAAAACUGCUGUGAGUAAACUGAAAUGUAUAGCCCUGUAUCACUUGCAUUGGAAUCUCUGAUUGGAAUUUAAUAAAUUGUGUAUACAGUGUAUGUUAUAAUGGAAGUGUCAGUGGAAAGAAGCUCUGUGUAAUAAAAAAUUAAGAUUUGUAAGAAUGGACUGAAAUACACUUGCCUCUUACCAUUAGGUGCGCAUGAGAGCACAUAUAUGAGAGACAUGGUGAUCACAUUGCUUAAUGCUUUACCGGAAGGUGCUCAGAUACUAUGUGGAUGUGUGGUAUAUACAAUAGAAAUGUAGUAUUGGCAGCUGCAAAUGUAAGUAUCUUCAAAUGAGAAGAUGUCUCAUGAGUGUACUAUCCAGUGGUAUUCUCAAUGUAGGACUUGCUAAAUGAGUAUUAUAACCAUUUCUAGCCCUUCUGCUCUAUGAAGCAGCUGUCUCAAGUAGCUGAAUAGUCAGUCAACUGAGCCAGCCAAUGUGUUAGCUUUGAUUACUUAAUAGGAUAGUUCUUAAAUAUUUAGCCAGAGCGUUACGAGUUGAGAACCAACUGUCACAUAGAGCUUCAGUCCUUUAAGUUCAGUGCUACUUCCCGCUGAGGAAUCAAUCCAUUGAAGGUUAAAUGUCUCUUGCAUUGAUAAAUAGACUGUUUCCCAAAUUCCCCUGUCUCUCUAUGUAUAUGUAUAUCUCUCUAGCUAGAUAGACAAAAUCGAGCCUUAAAACUGAUCUUUGUUAUCGUUGCAGGUGCAAUUGUUGCAUACAGACUUGUAUAUCUUUUGCCUUUUAUCAGCCAAUGGGAAGUUGAGAGACAGAUAGACACUGUGGCCUGUAAAAGGAUACAAGUUCAUCCUCUAAAGGCAUCUUUUCCCGAACUGAACGAUGUAGUAACAGAAAUAACUGUUGCCCAAAAAGAGACAUAUAGCUUACUACAUAGUAUAUUAGUAAUUAAUGUGAGCUGUACUGUAAAAGAGAAAAUAUCACAAUAAUAUAUCAACAUAUUAAUUCCCCAAGCAAUCUUAUAAAAUGAAUGCUGCCAUUUUAUGGCUAAUUUAAUCUCCUGAAUUGGAAUUAAUUGGAAAGACCAUGCUAAAUUUUUCCACUUCUUGCUUUUUCAUUUUACUUUUAUUAACCUGUCUAAAUCUUACAGUUGAAUUUAGUAUAAAUUUCCUUAUUGCUUAAUAAAAUAUAAGCUGCUAGUGAAUCUCA